AGAAGCUACCCUGUGUAGACAACAUAAGCUACUGUAGUCAGUUUGGGGCAGAUGUGUGUCAGCAGGAGUUCUAUGGACAAUACCUGAGGGAGAACUGUAGAAAGACCUGCAACUUCUGUAGAGCUCCAACAGAGUACCUUGUUUCCAGAACCACCACUACCACUACACCAGUACCAACAACACCAACAACACCAACAACGACGUAUAACCCAGUUCUGGAAUGGUGUUUGGACAGAAGAAGAUACAACUGUUGGCGCUAUCCUGCCGAGAAGUGUGUAGGGUUUUAUGAGAACUGGUUCAGAAAAAAUUGUCCAUACAGAUGUGGAUAUUGUCCAAAUCUUCUUCCACCCUGUGUAGAUCUAGACCCAAGUUGUGAACAUUACUCUUUAGAAGCUUGUACCAACCUAACAUACAGAGCCUACAUGAGAGAAAACUGUAGGAAAAGAUGCAACGAGUGUAAAUACCCAGGACAGAAUCUUGCGCCGAUCACACCGCCCUAUGGAGUCUAUACUACAACUACGACGAGUGUGUUGUCAACAAAGAAAGUUAUGGCUGCCUCAACAAAGCCAACUCUUAUUGUGCCAACAGAAAAAUUUGGGAUUCCAAUUCUCAUCCCAUUAUUAUUUCCAGUACAUCAGGGCAACAAACCAGAGGAAUUAAAGAGGGUCAACAUUUCUUCUGUGAUAGGGAAUUCCCACCUUUUGCAGCAGAGUGAAGCUUUUAAUGUCAACUGCAGAAUAACUGGAUAUAAACAGGGAUCUGACAUUAACGAUACAUCUUCUGUUGAAUGGUUAUUUAAUGGCCAAAGGAUAUCAUAUCUUGGAAUGGUUUUCAAUGCCAAUAAAUACAGAUUGCAUGUAAAAACUACAAAUACGUUUUUGGAGUUUGAUUUGGAAAUACCAGCUGUGACUGCAGAGGAUUCUGGGAAUUAUACCUGCGUUUUGGGAGACAGAGCCAACAAGAAUCAUUUUCAAGAAAAGUCAUGGUACCUACAUGUAAUUUGCAUGGAAUGCAGCCAAACAAUAGUUGGAUAGCUUAUCUGUUUUAAUGUAUGAAAUGUUUGAAAGCCUGGACGUGUCCUGUGGAAAACACUUCGAAUUUUGGAAUACAUUUAUAAAUGUGACACAGAAUUUUAAAUAUUCAAGAUAUAAGAAAGAAUAAAAA